CCGAACCGUGUUUGGGGAUACACGCAAUUCUCACAAUUCUUCAGAAACCGGAUUCCCUCUAGGGUUUCAGAUCUUCAUAUAGGAUCUCCAAUUCCUAAUUGGAUCAGGUUGCUCUCAGAGUUUAAAGCCUCACGCGCAACCAUCGAAGUUAUUCAGAAGCCGGACUCUCUCUAGGGUUUUGGAUCUUCUCGCUCUUCGUUUAAUCAAAGAAGCAUAGUUUUUUGAUUCGACAAUCUUAAGUUCUGAAGAUAGGAACUUGAUUUGACAAUCUCAAGGUGUUUCACACGCAACCGUCGAAGUUAUUCAGAAGUCGGACGCUCUCUAGGGUUUUGGAUCUUCUCGCUCUUCGUUUGAUCAAAGGUUGGAUUGGUUUAGUUCGUGGAAAGCAAGAUGGGAGGUGGUUUUAGGGUGCUUCAUCUUGUUCGACCAUUUCUUUCAUUUCUGCCUGAAGUUCAGAGUGCCGACAGGAAAGUUCCAUUCAGAGAGAAGGUCAUAUAUACCGUAAUUUCUCUCUUCAUUUUUUUGGUGUGCAGUCAACUCCCUCUGUAUGGCAUACACUCUACGACAGGUGCAGAUCCAUUUUAUUGGAUGCGUGUCAUUCUUGCAUCUAAUCGUGGGACUGUCAUGGAACUUGGAAUCACCCCAAUUGUGACAUCUGGAUUAGUAAUGCAACUCUUGGCUGGAUCCAAAAUCAUUGAAGUGGACAACAAUGUACGUGAGGAUCGUGCCCUCUUAAAUGGUGCACAGAAGUUAUUGGGCAUUCUCAUUGCUGUUGGGGAGGCAGUUGCAUAUGUUCUGUCAGGAAUGUACGGUAGUGUUAGCCAACUUGGAGUUGGAAACGCCAUUCUUAUCAUUAUCCAGCUUUGCUUUGCUGGUAUCAUUGUGAUAUGUUUGGACGAACUUCUUCAGAAAGGAUAUGGUCUAGGCUCAGGAAUAUCCCUAUUUAUAGCAACCAACAUCUGUGAGAACAUCAUUUGGAAAGCAUUCAGUCCCACCACAAUUAAUAGUGGGCGUGGAGCUGAAUUUGAAGGUGCUGUUAUUGCUUUGUUCCAUCUACUGAUAACUCGAACAGACAAGGUUCGUGCACUCCGGGAGGCAUUCUACCGGCAGAACCUUCCAAAUGUAACAAACUUACUUGCUACUGUCUUGAUCUUCCUCAUUGUCAUCUACUUCCAAGGGUUCCGUGUGGUUUUGCCUGUGAGGUCCAAGAAUGCCCGUGGACAACAGGGUUCAUAUCCCAUCAAGCUGUUCUACACCUCUAAUAUGCCUAUAAUCCUGCAGUCUGCCCUUGUCUCCAAUCUUUACUUCAUUUCCCAGUUGCUUUACAGGAAGUACAGUGGGAAUUUCCUUGUGAACUUGUUGGGCAAGUGGAAGGAAUCUGAAUAUUCUGGUCAGUCAGUUCCUGUUGGCGGUUUGGCAUAUUAUAUAACUGCACCAUCAAGCUUGGCAGACGUGGCAGCUAAUCCUUUCCAUGCGCUAUUUUAUAUUGUGUUCAUGUUGUCAGCUUGUGCUUUGUUUUCUAAGACUUGGAUCGAAGUAUCUGGGUCCUCUGCUAGAGAUGUGGCCAAGCAGCUCAAGGAACAACAAAUGGUGAUGCCGGGCCAUCGGGAAUCAAAUCUACAGAAGGAGCUGAACCGUUACAUACCCACGGCAGCAGCCUUCGGGGGAAUGUGUAUCGGAGCACUGACAGUUUUGGCUGAUUUCAUGGGAGCCAUUGGUUCAGGAACAGGGAUUCUGCUUGCAGUCACAAUCAUAUAUCAGUAUUUUGAGACAUUUGAAAAGGAGAAAGCUAGUGAACUUGGUUUCUUCGGUUUCUAGGCUCCUAUAGUUCUGCUGUCCAGUAACGGCUUAGUCUGUGUCCUCGACGAGCUUCCGUGACCACCCUACCCUUCAGAUUUGCUGAAGCCUCAGAUUGAUUGUCGCUUCAAUACUAAUUUUUCAAAUUCGAGUGUGUCUGAUAGUCUUUCUUGACCUCUCUGCCUCGUAGGAAUGAUACUGUGUGAUAGUGAAAGUGAAACGUGCUCCACAACGUAGGAGCUUUCUGUUCUCUUUUAUGUUUAUUUUUGGUUGAAAUACGAAUUGCUGACUUUAAAUUCCUACUCUGAACCAAUUGUAGACGUAUGUUUCUUA